AUGAGCGACGAGAAAUCAAAAUACGAAUUCCUCCCCAUCCCUACCUACGAAGAAGCCACUUCCUCCCGUCCCUCCUCCUCCCAAUCUCGCCUCGGCUCAGAAGAAGUCAGUGACGAUGCAGAAAGGCAGGGUCUCCUUAGCCGCGGCGCUGGCGAGCGUCAGGAGCCUAGAUAUCCGGGCAAUUACCAACCCCCAACGGUAGAGUCUGCGCGGUCGAGCCUCGAUUUCCUUCCGUCGUCAAAUGGCAGUUCUGUUCGUGGCUCGACCGAAGAGCUGCGGCGCGAGCUGGAGCAGAUGGAUGUGGAAGAGCCUGACGAAAACUCCUCGUCGUCAUCGUUUUCGAAACGAUUUACACAUUUCCGAAGGACGCUGUCGGCUAUACAUUUACCACUAUGGAAAUAUGUGCCCAAGUUCAGCUUCGCCAAACCGCAGUUUCUGAGGGAGGUCGCGUCGCGGUUAGAGCAUCAACAUUGUAUCAUUAUCUUGAGGAUGAUUGGAUUGUUUAUUGUCGUUACGAUUGUAUACUUUCUUAUAGUUUCAGACGUGGUCAGCUUCACCCGCCCGAUAAAUCUAGGACAGAUGUAUGAGCCUGAAUCCGUGCGGAUAUAUGUCCAGAGCCAUAUCAACGAGUCGUACAUCGCGGAGAAUCUCGAGAUGAUAACAAAGUUCCCUCACGUUGCUGGAACGGAAGGGAAUUAUGUUUUGGCCCAAUGGGUCGAGGAUAAAUUCAGGUCUGCAUACAUGGAUGAUGUUGCGAUGGAACAAUUCGAUGUAUAUCUAAAUUACCCCAAGGACGGUGGAAGAAGGGUCGCCAUUGUAGAUCCACCAGAGCUGGCUUGGGAGGCCAAACUUGAUGAAGAACAAUCUUACAAAGGUCCGCCCAGAAAGCAAUAUCCCGUAUUUCACGGGCAUUCGAAAUCUGGAAACGUCACGGGCCCUCUAAUAUAUGCGAACUAUGGUUCCCCAGAAGAUUUCAAGGCAUUAGCUGAUAUGGGUGUGAAACUGGAAGGCUCCAUUGUUCUGGUUCGAUAUUACGGCACACAGGGAGACAGAGCGCUGAAGGUAAAAGCAGCUGAGCUGGCUGGAGCUGCUGGAUGCAUCAUUUAUUCAGACCCUGCCCAGGAUGGAUUCCUUCUAGGCCCGGAGUGGCCUAACGGCCGGUACAUGCCUAGUGAUGGGGUACAGCGAGGAGGCGUGAGUAUGAUAUCUUGGGUAGUUGGUGAUGUAUUGAGUCCGGGAUUCGCGUCAUCGCCUGGAGAAAAGAAAAGAAUAUCUCUAGAUGACAGCCCUGCACUCCCUAAAAUCCCCAGCAUCCCCAUCGCGUGGCGUGAUGCCCAACCCCUGCUAAAAGCACUUCAAGGUCAUGGUAAAAAAGUGCCCAAGGACUGGGUGGGCGGGGUUCCGGAAAUUAGGGAGUGGUGGUCGGGAGACCCAUCAUCGCCAAAGGUCAACCUUGUCAACACCCAAGACGAGGUGGAGCGCCAACCCAUAUUCAAUGUUAUCGGCAAGAUAAUAGGGAUAGAGCAAAACGAGAAAAAGAUCAUCGUUGGCAGCCAUCGCGAUGCAUGGUGCUUUGGAGCUGCAGAUCCGGGAAGCGGAACUGCAGUCCUUCUCGAGGUGGCUAGGGUGUUCGGAUUGCUACGUUCCCACGGCUGGCGACCAUUAAGAACUAUUGAGUUCGCGAGUUGGGAUGGGGGGGAAUAUAACCUGAUCGGAUCCACGGAACAUGUGGAAAAGGAAGCCGACGAGCUCCGUCGAAACGGCUUUGCCUACCUAAAUGUCAAUGUUGCAGUUUCGGGUAACAAAUUCCGCGCCGCAGCGUCCCCAGUCUUUGAGCGUGUUCUCCUUCGGAUCCUCAAGCGGACCGCAGAUCCAGUUACGCAUCAAACUCUGCGGUCGCUCUGGGAUCAACGAGGGUCCAAACUCGAAGUUCUUGGUGCAGGAAGUGACUACGUUGCCUUCCAAGAUAUUGCAGGCAUGUCGAGCAUAGAUUUCGGCUUCACUGGCGACCCCUAUCCUUAUAACAGCUGCUACGACAAUUUUGACUGGAUGAGCCAGGUUGGCGACCCGGGCUUUCAAUAUCACAAGGUCCUGGGUCAGAUAUGGGCUCUACUCCUUCUCGAACUUUCUGAUAAUCCAAUCUUCCCCUUUGACCUACAAAACUACGCCGAUGCCGUUACGAAAUACGUCUCUGAUCUAGAGGAAUACUCCAAAUCCAAACAUGUAUAUUCACGAGGAGCUCGAGCGCACGCCAAAACAUCUGGUGACAUCGACCAAAAUUCCCAUCCAAAUGCGGUAAACAUGCAACCGUUACAUGAUGCUGCAAAGACAUUCCGUGAAAGGGCUGCCAGAUUCCAUCGGUGGGGCUAUGGUUGGAAUAGAACAGUCGCGUCUUCGGAUGGCUAUGAGAGCAAUGUCAUGGCCAUUAAGCGGAUGAGCUAUAAUAGCCACAUGACUUAUUUCGAAACCAACCUCUUGGAUUUGGAAAAUGAUGGCGGAAUCCCCAAUCGAACACAAUUCAAACAUGUCAUUUUUGGACCACAGGCAUGGUCAGGUAAUGACGAAACAUCCUUCCCGGCAAUCCGCGACGCGAUCGAUUCCGGUGAUUGGAUCGAGGCGCAGAAAUGGAUAGAAAAGAUAUCCAGGAUCAUAACAGACGCUAGUAUUGCGCUGAAUUGA